CUCCGCGCCCGCCAGUCUGCUCGCCGCUCGCAGUCAGCGCACACGCGCAGCGCGUUCAGUCAUUCGCUACUAGUGUUCACAAGUGUAUCCAACAUGGUGAAGUUCGAAGGAGAUUUCAGUAUAAACGCCAUACUGAUGAACCACGCGGCGGCGAAACCUCCCCCCUCGCCCGCCGCGUCCUCCACCGCCACCCCGUCGGAGGCCGACCUCAGCGACUCCGAGCUCGACGUGACGGGCACGGAGCCGGUCGACUGCACCAAGCCCAAGGAAGACGACGACAAGAAGGACAAGAAGCACGAGAAGCCGGCCUACAGCUACAACGCCCUCAUCAUGAUGGCCAUCCGCAACAGCCCGGAGAAGCGGCUCACGCUCAACGGCAUCUACGAGUACAUCAUGACCAACUUCCCCUACUACCGGGAGAACCGGCAGGGCUGGCAGAACUCCAUCCGCCACAACCUCAGCCUCAACAAGUGCUUCGUGAAAGUGCCGCGGCACUACGACGACCCCGGCAAGGGCAACUACUGGAUGCUGGACGCGUCGGCGGAGGACGUGUUCAUAGGCGGCACGACGGGCAAGCUGCGCCGCCGCUCCGCGCUCACGGGCCGCUCGCGCCUCGCCUGCUUCAAGCGGCCGCUGUUCCCCGGCGCGCCGCUCGCCGGCCCCUACCCGCCGGCGUACACGCAGCUGGUCGGCCUGUACUCCCAGCUGCUCUACCAGCGGUACGCGCCGAUGCAGAUGAAGACCCCGCCGGUGGCGCCGAGCGCAGUGCACCCCGCCUUCAGAGACAUGGGCUACAACGGCCUGCCGUAUUCGCCAGCGCUGUACUCCCCCGAAAGGCUGCAAGGCGCUCCGUUCUUCGGGCAGUCUCUGAUGCAGAGCUCUCAGCUGGGGUCCGCGGCGAUGGCGCAGACGUCCCCGCUGCUGCCGCCGUCCCCGCCGAUGAUGCACUCGCCCCCCACGUCCGGCUCGUCGAGCCCCGAGCUCCCGUCGCCGUCGCACCACCCGCUGACGCCGCACAUCUACAAACCUGUGACAGUUCUGACGCGGCAGUGAGUGACCUGACGCGAACGACGGGAAAGUAAUCUCAAAGAGGCUGACACUUCCGAGUGGGAACGUUGAAUCUGUGAUUUAGUUUUAGUUAGUCUAAUGAAUAGUACCAGUGUCGAGUAUUAAGGACGUGCAAUCCAAAUAUGUGCGAGGAAAAUUAGAUGAAAAUAAAGAUGGUCUACCGGAACUGAAGCAGUCAUUUCCUCAGUCGUUUAUUGAGAUAUUUGUAAAGUUUCCUCGCGCAUCUCUGGUGGAGAGUCUGAAGAGUACGCAAUCUCGUGUGCGGUACGGUAGUUAGUUGUUGUCCGUAGCAUUCCGCUGUUGUUUGUUGAUGUCAUAUUCUAUUCUAUUAUUGUAUAAUUGUAAAUAUCUCCAAAGUUGUAUAUUUAUUGAACUAUUAGACCUAAGAUAACGUAUGUAAACGAAUAAACAAAAAGUAUUUCUCCUUUA